AUGGCCACGCUGGCUUGCCGGGUGCAGUUCUUGGACGACACGGACCCUUUCAACAGCACCAACUUCCCUGAGCCCAGCCGGCCGCCGCUGUUCACGUUCCGCGAGGACCUCGCGCUCGGCACUCAGCUGGCCGGGGUCCAUAGGCUCCUGCGGGCGCCGCACAAGCUUGAUGACUGCACGCUACAACUCUCCCACAAUGGCACCUACCUGGACUUGGAAGCCACCCUGGCCGAGCAGCGGGAUGAAUUGGAAGGCUUCCAGGAUGACGCUGGGCGGGGCAAGAAGCACAGCAUCAUCCUAAGGACGCAGCUGUCCGUGAGGGUCCAUGCCUGCAUCGAAAAACUUUACAACUCCAGUGGACGAGAUUUAAGAAGGGCCCUUUUCUCCCUGAAGCAGAUAUUUCAGGAUGACAAGGAUUUGGUGCAUGAGUUUGUAGUGGCUGAAGGGCUGACAUGUUUGAUCAAGGUGGGAGCUGAGGCUGAUCAGAACCACCAGAACUACAUCCUGAGGGCUUUGGGCCAGAUUAUGUUGUAUGUGGAUGGGAUGAAUGGAGUAAUAAACCACAAUGAAACCAUACAGUGGCUGUACACUCUCGUUGGGUCAAAGUUCCGCCUGGUGGUGAAGACCGCUCUGAAGCUGCUGCUGGUCUUUGUGGAGUACUCAGAGUCAAAUGCACCUCUUCUAAUUCAGGCUGUCUCUGCUGUGGACACAAAAAGAGGCAUCACGCCCUGGUCAAAUGUCAUGGAAAUCCUAGAGGAAAAGGAUGGAGUUGACACGGAGCUGCUGGUUUAUGCAAUGACUCUGGUGAACAAGACGUUGUCAGGAUUGCCAGACCAAGACACCUUCUACGAUGUCGUGGAUUGCCUGGAGGAGCUGGGCAUCGCUGCUGUGUCCCAGAGGCACUUGAGCAAGAAAGGGACUGACCUGGACUUGGUGGAGCAAUUGAACAUUUACGAGGUGGCGCUCAGACACGAGGACGGCGAUGAGACCGCGGAGCCGCCGCCCAGCGGGCGCCGCGACCGGAGGCGCGCCAGCGUGUGUUCCAGCGGCGGGGGAGAGCACCGCGGCCUGGACCGCAGGCGGAGCCGCAGGCACUCGGUGCAGAGCGUCAAGAGUCCCCUGUCGGCUCCCACCAGCCCCUGCUCCCAGUCGGCUCCCAGCUUCAAGCUCAGUCAAGUGCAAGAUCUCCGUGAAAAGGAUGAGGAGGAGGAGGAAGAAGAGGAGCAGCCAGUCACGGAGCCCAAUUCAGAGGAGGAGAGAGAGGACGAUGGCCCCUGUCAGGGCAAGGACAGGGGCAUGAACAUUUCUGCUUUGUUCUGUUGGUCAUCACCAACCAUAGACAAGCUGCCCUACGUGCCCCACAGCCCCUUCCACCUCUUCUCCUAUGACUUUGAGGACUCUCCCUUAUCCACCAAAGAAAAGGAAGCAGAGUCCCAGAAGGAAAACAGUGGGUUUCCUUCCUUUGACAGUUCCUCCGAUUCUGCCUCUGAACCCUACAACUUCCGGUCUUUCUCUUCUAACAGAUACAGCAACUUUGGCAACAGCUCUUACCACUCCUCGAGACCCCCGUCUGGAUCCAGUGUGCCCACCACCCCCACAGCCUCUGUGUCCUCUCCCCAGGAGGCCAGACUGGAAAGGUCGUCACUCAGUGGUCUUCUCACGUCAUCCUUUAGGCAACACCAAGAGUCACUAGCAGCAGAGAGAGAGAGGCGACGGCAGGAGAGAGAAGAAAGGCUGCAGAGAAUAGAACGGGAAGAAAGAAACAAAUUCAGCCGAGAGUAUGUAGACAAAAGAGAGGAGCAAAGACAAGCAAGAGAAGAAAGAUACAAAUACUUGGAACAGUUGGCAGCUGAGGCACAUGAGAAGGAGCAGAGAGGCCGGAGUGUGAGCCGGGGCAGAGCCGACCUCUCCUUGGACCUGACCUCACCAGCAGCCCCUGCCUCCCCGGCUCUUCGGAGCCAUAGCCCAUCAUCUCUAGACUCUCAGGAGGCUCUGCCAGUAUCAUCCUCCUCCCCGGGAACACCUCAGCAUCCUGCAGCGAGUGCCGGCCACCCUAAGCCUGGAGUGGAGGCGGAGCAGGCUGCUGAUGAAGUCAUCCAGGACAUAGCCUCUGCCCGCAGGGGAGCGGAGAACGAGGGGGAACAGACACUGGAGCCAGAGCCAGAAGGAAGAGCCUCCCUCAGUGAGAAAGAGAGGCAGAACGAGGGGGUGAACGAGAGGGACAACUGCUCGGCCUCCAGCAUCUCAUCCUCCAGCAGCACGUUGGAGAGGGAGGAGAAGGAGGACAAGCCCUCCGGGGACAGGGCAACUGGUUUGUGGGCCUCAGGUGUUCAGGAUGCAGGUGUAAAUGGACAGUGUGGUGAUAUCCUCACCAGCAAACGGUUCAUGCUGGACAUGCUGUAUGCCCAUAACAGAAAGUCCCCAGGGGACAGUGAGGCCACGAGGACCCAGCUGGAGGCAGAGGCAGUCACCAGCCUUGCUGCCAGGGUCUCCACCCUGCAGGCCAACUCCCAGGCCCAGGAUGAGAGUGUCAGAAGGGCGGACGUUGGCUGUUUGGACAAUCGGGGCAGUGUGAAAGCAUUUGCAGAGAAAUUCAACAAUGGGGACCUGGGGAGAGGGUCAGUGUCCUCUGAUUCUGAGCCCAAUGACAAAGUCCCGGAGACAGCACCAGCACAGCUGAAGACAGAGUCUGAUUACAUCUGGGACCAGCUCAUGGCCAACCCAAGGGAGCUCAGAAUCCAAGACAUGGAUUUCACUGACCUUGGGGAAGAAGAUGAUAUUGAUGUCCUGGACAUGGACCUGGGUCACAGGGAGGCCCCCGGACCACCUCCCCCACCUCCACCCACCUUUCUGGGUCUCCCGCCCCCGCCCCCUCCCCCCCUGUUGGACAGCGUGCCUCCCCCUCCCGCCCCUGGUAAUUUAUUGGCUCCUCCUCCUCCGAUGUUCAGCGCUCCUCAGGGCUUAGGGUGGUCCCAGGUACCCAGGGGUCAGCCCACAUUCACUAAGAAAAAGAAGACCAUCCGUCUGUUCUGGAACGAAGUUCGGCCUUUUGAGUGGCCAUGUAAAAACAACCGACGCUGCAGAGAAUUCCUGUGGUCAAAACUGGAACCCAUUAAGGUGGACACUUCCAGACUGGAGCACCUGUUUGAGUCGAAAUCCAAGGAACUGUCUGUCACUAAGAUCAAUAUUGGUUUGACUGUGUUGCCCCCUCCAAGGACGAUUAAGAUAGCCAUUCUGAAUUUCGAUGAAUAUGCCUUAAACAAAGAAGGAAUUGAGAAAAUUCUAACCAUGAUCCCCACGGAAGAGGAGAAGCAGAAGAUCCAGGAGGCGCAGCUGGCCAACCCCGAGGUGCCCUUGGGCAGCGCAGAGCAGUUCCUCCUGAUGCUCUCCUCCAUCAGCGAGCUCUCAGCUCGGCUCCACCUCUGGGCAUUCAAAAUGGAUUACGAAACCACAGAGAAGGAAGUGGCAGAACCACUUUUGGACCUGAAGGAAGGAAUAGACCAAUUGGAGAACAAUAAAACCUUGGGCUUUAUCCUGUCUACCCUCUUAGCCAUUGGGAAUUUUCUAAACGGAACGAAUGCCAAAGCGUUUGAGUUAAGCUACCUCGAGAAGGUUCCAGAAGUCAAAGACACAGUGCACAAGCAGUCGCUUCUCCACCACGUGUGCACCAUGGUGGUGGAAAACUUCCCAGACAGCUCGGAUCUGUACUCGGAGAUUGGGGCCAUCACCAGGUCAGCCAAGGUUGACUUUGAUCAACUUCAGGAUAAUUUAUGUCAGAUGGAGAGAAGAUGCAAAGCUUCCUGGGAUCACCUUAAGGCAAUUGCAAAACAUGAAAUGAAACCGGUUUUAAAACAACGGAUGUCAGAGUUCCUAAAAGACUGUGCUGAACGAAUUAUAAUUUUGAAGAUUGUCCAUAGAAGAAUAAUUAACAGAUUCCACUCCUUUUUGCUCUUCAUGGGCCAUCCGCCGUACGCGAUCCGGGAAGUGAACAUCAACAAGUUCUGCAGGAUCAUCAGUGAAUUUGCGCUAGAGUAUCGCACCACCAGGGAAAGGGUUUUACAGCAGAAACAGAAACGGGCCAAUCACCGAGAGAGAAAUAAGACCAGAGGGAAGAUGAUCACUGAUACUGAUGACGAGGAUGAAGUUGAGUCGGGCAAGUUCUCUGGCAGCUCUCCGGCACCACCAAGCCAGCCGCAGGGUCUGAGCUACGCGGAGGACGCCGCCGAGCACGAGAAUAUGAAGGCUGUGCUGAAAACCUCCUCCCCUGCCGUGGAGGAUGCCACCCCGGUGCUGGGCGUCCGCAUUCGCAGCAGAGCAAGCCGAGGAUCCACUGGUUCCUGGACUAUGGGAACUGAUGACUCACCUAACAUCACAGAUGAUGCUGCCGAUGAGAUCAUGGACCGCAUAGUCAAGUCAGCCACCCAAGUGCCCAGUCAGCGAGUGGUGCCGAGAGAGAGGAAGCGGUCCCGGGCCAACCGGAAAUCUCUACGAAGGACCCUGAAGAGCGGCCUGACACCGGAAGAAGCCAGAGCCCUGGGCUUGGUUGGCACCUCGGAGUUGCAGCUCUGA